AUGGCGACGCUGAAGCGCGCCCUCAUCGUGGGCCUGGGGAAGUUGAACCCAAAAGUCAAGGAGCAGAUGUCUGCAUGGGUGAAGCCCGAGCACCUGGCUUACCUUGGUAGCCUCACGGACGAGCAGCUCCAGAAGGACCUCGCUUCCAUGAAGGUGUCUCUUGAGAGCGAGGGCAUCAAGCUCGAAAGUGUAUUGCUGGAGGGGGAGAUCGACGAUGCGGGCAUCCAGCGUAGUUGUAGCCAACUGCGCCAGCACCUGCGGCAAGCAGAUGCCUACGACGUCGUUGUUCUGGGCGCUGGCAUCCGUGGGCCUUUGGAGAAUCUAGCGCUGUUUGAAAGCCUGAUCAAUGUGACACAUCGAGAUGCCCCGAGCUCCCGCAUUGCUUUCAACACAUACCCGCUGGACACCGCGGAUGCCAUCAAACGCGUGCUGCAGGCGAAAGAGGAGUGA